AUGGAAAUCAUCAUUAUUGAAUAUUGGGGUUUGAUCAAAAAUACCAAUAUAAUAUGUAAUAUAUAUUUCUUGAAUAGAAUUGCUCGUUGGUUUACUUGGUCUCUCGCUCCAACCUAUUCCAAUGAACUUUUUGGUACUUUUGAGGUUUAUACAAUUAAUAAGACCAAUGACAAUUGGACCAAUACCUAUAAAUAG